AAAGCCGUCAUCUACCGUCAAAUCUCAGUUCUAUCCCGCAGCGUGACUUCCGGUAAGCGCAGCGGCUAAAAAUAAAGCCGUCAGCCCGACAGGAGCCUCUGACAGCGGGGACCAGGACGAGCCGGACUCACUGGCUCUGUGCAUGCGUAAGCGGACCAACUCGCAGACAGCGGAGCAUGACAGCGGGACCACCGGCACUCUGCUGGACAGCGACCCGGACCUGAAGCAGCGCACUGGCAGAGGAGCGGCGGGGCCCGCAGCAGGCAGCCGGCAGGGCCCGGGAGAGGACCGGAGCAUGGCCAAACCGUUCCGGAGGUUGGGUCUGGUGGGGAAACUGAAGAGGGUGGUGUUGUGGCUGCUGCUCGUCUACGUCUCCAUUCCCUUCAUCAUCAAGCUGUGUCCGUCCAUCCAGGCCAAACUCGUCUUCCUCAACUUCGUGAGGAUGCCGUAUUUCAUCGACCUGAAGCGACCUCUGGACCAGGGAUUGAACCACACACACAACUUCUACCUGGAACCUGAGAGCGGGCUGAAGAUCGGAGUCUGGCACACGGUUCCUGCUCAGAUGUGGAGAGAAGCUCAGGGGAAGGAAGGCGACUGGUACGAGUCCAAGUUUAGCUCCUCCCAUCCUGUUAUCCUCUAUCUCCAUGGAAACGCAGGGACCAGAGGAGGAGACCACAGAGUGCAGCUGUACAAGGUCCUCAGCUCGUUAGGCUACCACGUGGUCACGUUUGAUUACAGAGGUUGGGGCGAUUCAGAAGGCUCACCAUCAGAGAGCGGGAUGACCUCAGACGCUCUCUUCAUUUAUGAUUGGCUGAAGCGGCGGACAGACAAAACGCUGCCUCUUUACAUCUGGGGACACUCUCUGGGAACGGGAGUGGCAACCAACGUGGUCAGACGGCUGUGUGACAGAGGAAGUCCUCCUGACGCGCUCAUCUUAGAGUCUCCUUUCACCAACAUCAGAGAGGAGGCCAAGAGUCACCCCUUCUCCAUGGUGUACCGGUACCUGCCCGGCUUUGAUUGGUUCUUCCUGGACGCCAUCACUGCCAACAACAUCCGCUUCACCAGCGAUGAGAACAUGAACCACAUCUCCUGUCCCGUGCUCAUCCUCCACGCCGAGGACGACAGCGUGGUUCCUUUCCACCUCGGCAAGAAGCUCUACUCGCUGGCGUCACAGUCGAAGAGCCUGAGCGGUCACAAGGUUCAGUUCGUGCCCUUCCCCGCCGCGCUCGCCUACAAGCACAAGUUCAUCUACAGGAGCCCGGAGCUGCCAAACAUCCUCAGUGAUUUCCUGGGCACAGCUCACCCCGUCGCACAGUGAGGACCAACAGGAAGUACUCAGAUUACUCUCUGCACUCCACGACAGCCGCACCGCCACGGUUCGUUUCGUCCUCGCAUGACCUCGACACGUCAUUCCUCCUUCUGUUAGCAUUCCUCCCACAGCCGCGCUCGCUUCACGGCACACAGGGUCGCCACGGCAACCGAUGCUUUUAAAGAACAGCAGAGGGGCGGCAGCGGCGUGGAGUUUUUAAUAUUUUUGUGUGAUUGUGUCGAGUUUAUCACUGGAACUUUGUUUGUGUCUGAAGGCCUGUUACAACUUGAAUUAAAUAUUAUUUGUUUUAUUUGUCA